GACUAUCUUAUCCUUCAACUUCUUCUCUCUCUUCAUCCUGACCGUCGGAUUAGAUUACCAAGUGCUCGGCUUGACAACAGCAACAACAACAAAGGCCUCAGGUGAGAGGUAUGUUCAGAUGCGGGCGGGUGCACCGUUCAAGAUAGCGCUGUUUGCUGACCUGCAUUUUGGGGAGGCCACGUCGACUGACUGGGGUCCACUCCAGGACGUGAACUCAACAAGAGUUAUGAACACUGUACUUGACGAUGAAACUCCAGAUUUUGUUAUAUACCUUGGAGAUGUUAUUACGGCCAACAAUAUACCAAUUGCAAAUGCCAGCUUGUACUGGGAUCAGGCAAUCUCUCCAACAAAAUCGAGAGGUAUUCCAUUUGCCAGUGUGUUUGGAAACCAUGAUGAUGCACCAUUUGAAUGGCCGAAGGAGUGGUUUCCAGCCCCUGGAAUUCCUCCACUUAUUUGCCCAGCAGUCAACUCAACACAUUCAGUGAAUGAAAGAUGUAGCCAUUUGGUUUUUGGUGUUGUGGAUACGCGCCCUCCACAAGUUAUCUCAAAUGCUCAAGCGGAAUGGUUCCAGAACAAAUCUGAAGAGAUCAACCCUAACUCAAGUUUAGUGUUACCUGACAGUAUGCCCGAGCUAAUAUUCUGGCAUAUCCCAAGUCAAGCAUAUAAUAAAGUUGCUCCACAGUUUGGAAUUCACAAGCCCUGUGUAGGCUCAAUUAACAAAGAAAAUGUUUCUUCUCAAGCAGCUGAAUUGGGUAUCAUGGAUCUUCUUGUUAAAAGACCUUCUGUCAAGGCAAUAUUUGUUGGACAUAAACAUGGAUUGGAUUGGUGCUGCCCCUAUGAGAAACUCUGGCUCUGUUUUGCUAGGCAUACUGGUUAUGGUGGCUAUGGAGACUGGCCUAGAGGAGCUAGAAUUAUAGAAAUCACUCAGCAGCCUUUCUCCUUUAGAACUUGGAUAAGGAUGGAGGACAGUAUAGUACACAGCAACGUUGUGCAUGGAAGUACCAAUCAAUUGAGUUACAAAACUUUUGACCAAAUGAUAGUUACUUUGUUAUGUUAUUUUAUUUGUUUAAUUUUUUAAUUUUUGUUAAGAAUAUAAAGAGAGAGGCA